CAUUAGCGUUUAGCUUCAGCUCCCUCUUUCCUUGACCCAUUUACUUCCUUCUCUUCGCUGGCGCUGUCGUUGACGACGACGACAUGCCCAACCUGAUGUCCACCGUCAUUGACGGUCACGACGUGCUGGCGGCUAAUGACCAUAUUCUAGGCCACCAUGACUCUCACAGAAAUGACGCCGACAUUCACGACCUCAGCAUUCCGCCUGCUCACUUUCACAACUCUAUUGGCGCCAACAUCCCUGUAUCUAUUAAUGGAUCCCACAAUGUGUAUUAUAACUCUUACGCCGAUACGUCCUUCCAGGACAUCGGUCCAUAUCCCUACCCCUUGCAGCAAGGUCAUGUACCGGAUGCUGCUCAACUCGACCUUCAAUAUAUCCUCUCUUCGGAUAUGUCGCAUUCACACUCCAAUGAUUUUAUACAUGACCAUCCUCAGUUGCAAACAAAGCACUUCCAACAAUCGCAGGAUCUUUCUUCCUUGGGUCCUCCUUCUGACCCUGAGUCACAACCUCAGUCCUCUCCCUCAAUUUCAUCUUCAGCUAGCUUUGCACAUGCUCUCCACGAUUUGUCACGCUCUCCAGAUAAUUCUCCCACUCCAUAUACUCCAUCGUCACCCCUAAAAGUUGCCAGAUACGCUCACGCAAUGCUACCGCCCAUUGUCCAUUCAAGUCCCUCCAAUGCUAGAAAGGAUGAAACUGAUAGCCGUUCCGUCAACAAACGCCUAAACUCCGGUGCUGCAUCACAGGUCGACCCCUAUGCCUCCGCAUUUUUACACGACCAGUUGGGGGAAGCAAAAUGGAACACGUUUUAUGCACGGUUAUUCGAACGUAGACUCGGUCCUAUCAAGUCAAAGAUGCGAGUCAAAACCAAAGGCACCGGAGGUGGUGGACUUAGUACUUCCAGUCCUGGCGCCACAGCAAUUGAUUUUCUCAUCAAAGUCGAAGUUGUCAAAGAAGUGCUGCGCACCUACGUCCCUCAUCCGUACAAUCCGCUGAAGUCCCUAACACAUGUAUUUCCGGGCUCUCCGUCAGGAUCUGUUACCCUGACCCGCUCAACCAUCCUGGUUCUAUCUGGUUGGUCCAACACGCAGUUUUCGUAUUGGGCUCGUCGCUCUGAAGGCAUCUCUGUCCUAAGAGAUCACGACGAGCGUCUGCAGUCAGUUGCAGUCGCCCUGGAAAAGCGCUUGAGGCAAGGGGGGGUGCUCCAAGACUUACCUGAUGACGACGCCCUCAGUUCCCUUACCUAUGGCCACGUGGCAGAGUCCUCACCAAACGUCACCGGCAAAGGUCUUGACAUCAUCAUUGAGGAGGUAAAGAAACGUACUGGACUCAGUCCAUUCCUUCGUGGGAAACAUUCUUCCCUUGAUCCGUUUGGCUCUACCAACAGUGAUAAGGAUACAGGACCAGGCCCCCCGUCUGGCCCUCCUUCAGGACCUGUGUACAUGCCAACCUUCCAGGCAAUGGAGUAUUCUCAUUCUCCUCCGGUAUCUACGGAACCUCCUCGUCGGCCCAAGAAAAAGAGGCGAACGAGCGCUACUGAGUCAAUAUCUUCGCAUGCCGGUUCUAGCGUAACUCACGCGGAGCUAGUGGCUAGCUCAGGUCAGUUGGGAUACACGAUGGAGUCAGGUGUCAAAUCCGACGUAGCGAAUAUGAUAUCACCUGAUGCGGUGGCGUCACCAGCUUCGCUCUCGGUAUCACGUCCGCUGCCUCGGUCUCUUGGCGUCAUGGAUGAUCCUAUUGGUGCCUAUCAGCUCCAGAGCAGUACGAUGGAUGAUGCUGUGGAGAGCACCAACAGGGAGUACUUUCCCGUAUCAGAUUCUCGUUCUGACUUUGAUGAGUUACGACACAAGCGGCCCUUCUCGUAUUCUGACCUUUCCAUGGAGACGCGACAGAGGCUCAGCGUCUAGAUGAUUUGACAAGCUCUAGACCAUGAUGUGCAUGCCGUUUCCAGCCUUUCGGUUCUAUGAAGUUCACGUGCCUCUCAGGACUUUUCCGCUGCAUGCAUACUUGCCUUCUGCAUGCAUGCUACUUCUCUUCUCGCUUCGCUUUCUCGAUGCUCAUCGAUCAUAUGCCCAUUCACUUUACCUGAUCAGUCUACCUCCGCUCUCUAAUUCUUGUACCACUAUCAGGAAUCAUAUUCAGAAAACUUAUCAAUCACCACUCUAGCUACGUACGAUACGGAUCAUAUCUCAUUGCAGUACUUUUUCUGUGGCCUGUCCACUUGUAGUUCCCAUGUAGUUCUAGAGCAUCUUUCGCCGAAAACCCCAGUUGUAAUAACCCACGCACAAACACGUUACUUUGCUUAUGAUACAUCAU